CCCCUCUAGGAUGACUUUCCCGCGUCUCAUCAAAUCACUCAACCAAAAAAUCCCCUCACCUUAGCUUGUUGGUUUUGAGCGGUCUGUUAGCUUUUUACUCGUCUUUCGUCCCCGCUCCCCGUUUCUGUUUUGCAGGUUAACUGAAAAAACAUGGCUCCACGUCGAUCCAGUAGAAGAAGUCGCCCUCCAACACGAUAUGGCUACUCUGCACGCUAUGAGCCAUACCCAACGUCUCGUAAUGCGGAGCGCAUAAGUGAUCUCAGGGUUCAACCCGGAAGGCGUAAUGUCUCCGAUGCAGCUAUUGUGAUCCCACGUCCACCAUCAUCAGCUGGACAAUUAAAAAUAAAGAGCAUAGAUAUGCUAUUAGCAACAAACAAACAUGACCAUCACACGAGUGAAUAUGAAAUUGACGAGUUAAUUUUAAGAAGAGGACAAUCUUUUAAUAUGGAAAUUGAGUUCCAACGCGACUUCAAGCAAGGCCAAGAUGACAUCAUAAUUGAGCUUCGAUUUGGAAAACGUCCUCGUGUUUCAUACGGAUCUCGCAUUAUCAUACCUCUUGUCAAGAAACAAGUGGAAGGUGACUGGGGUGCCAAGGUAGUCAGUGCCAAAGGGAAUAAGGUUUCCCUGUGCGUCUACCCAGGGGAUGCUGAGAUGAUCAUUGGGAGGCACGCAUUGCUCGUGCGGACACUGGCCAAUGGCUCUAAUGAGUACGAGUUUGAGUACAAAGACGAAAUUUACAUGAUCUUCAACCCCUGGUUCAAAAAGGGCGAUGUGUACAUGGAAGAUGAUAAAAAGCGGCAAGAGUAUGUGAUGAAUGAGUACAAUCUGUAUUACUAUGGCAGCAAACGCCAGAUAGGUAGCUCACCCUGGUAUCAGGGUCAGUUCGAAGCAGUGGCCUUGGAGUGUGCGUUGCUGCUUUUGGAUAAUUCAACCCUAACGCAGCCAAAGCGUGGAAAUGUUGUUGAGGUGGCCAGAGCCAUGUCAGCGAUGGUGAACUCUCAGGAUGAUGAUGGUGUCUUGGUCGGCAACUGGAGCGGCGACUACGAAGAUGGUACAUCACCGACCACAUGGAAUGGUAGUGUUGCUAUCUUGGAGGAGUAUAUGAAAACAGGGCAGUCGGUCAAAUAUGGACAAUGCUGGGUAUUUGGCUCAGUCUUCACAACAUUGAUGAGAGCUCUUGGUGUACCCACAAGAACAGUCACCAACUUUGGCUCUGCCCAUGACGCCGAUGCCAAUCUUACACUGGAUUAUCAUUACGACGAGAAUGGUGAUCCACUGGAUGAUUUGAACGAUGACAGUAUCUGGAACUUCCAUGUUUGGAAUGACUGUUGGAUGGCCCGACCUGACCUUCCAGACGGUUAUGGAGGUUGGCAAGCUGUUGAUGCCACGCCUCAGGAGACUAGUGCUGGAAUCUUCCGUAUGGGACCUGCGUCCUUGACGGCUAUCAAGAGAGGACAUGUCUACUUGGAUUACGACACCAAGUUCACAUUUGCUGAAGUGAAUGCAGAGACGGUUGAUUGGAGAGUCAGUGACAACGGAAGGAACUUUGAAGUCAUUAGGACCGACUCUGACUAUGUGGGCAUGAACAUAAGCACAAAGGCUGUAGGACGCGAUGCCAGGCAUGAUGUCACAGAUGAGUACAAGUUCAAAGAGGGGUCAGUUGAAGAGCGUACUGCCGUGGUGACUGCUCUGCGUACCAUCCGCAAGAAGAAGCGUCUCAGACCGACCAAAGAAUCAGAUGUCACUUUCUCUGUCAGCGUUCCUGAUGAUGUCAUGAUUGGAAAAGACUUUGAAGUGAAGGUUACUGUCAAGAACACAAGUUCCUCAACCAGAAACCUCUUUGUCAACUUCAAUGGCAAGACUGUCUAUUAUACUGGUGUCGUCGCUGGUCUAGCCAUCCGUGAAAAGAAGACUGCUGAACUGAAGGGAAAUGCAUCGACAACAAUGGUCUUUAAGCUCCAAGCUGCUGAAUACUUGCCUGAACUAGUGGAUUAUGCUGCCUUGAAGUUCUUUGUGAUGGGAGGAGUGAAGCAAACAAAGCAGGCAUUCUCUGGCACCUACGACUUAACCCUUCGAAAGCCAAAACUAGAUGUGUCUGUUGAUGAUAGCACCGUUACUGUUGGAGAAGCAUUUAACCUGCUGGUGAAGUUCACCAAUCCGCUGGACACUACAUUAACCGAGUGCGUGUUCCGUGUAGAAGGUCCAGGAAUCGAGGGCGCUAAAAACAUUCCAUACAGAAACAUCAAGGCCAACGAGCACGUGCACUUGAGUGGUCGCUUGACCCCAAAGCGCAAUGGAAACCGCCAAUUCAUCGUUGGUUUCAACUCCAAAGAACUCACUAACCUCACUGGUUCCAAGAGUAUCAACAUCUCUGCUUAAGCAUCAGUACUAAGAAAGCCCAUUGGAAAUAAGAUAUUGUACCAUAGAGUAUUAUUAAGUGCUUUUUUGCUUACGAGCUCUAAAAUCUUAUUCUUCCAAGUGAGGCUGUUUGUAUCAAAUUAGUUUUUUAAAACAGCAAUUGAUAGUCAACCGCUAUACUGAACAUAAAUGUUUUUAACUUUUCUUAACAAGAAUAUUUUUGUAUUUCAUAAUUGUAAUACACUAUCAUCUUAAAUUUUGGAUACAUAUUUUUUUUUUUAUAAAUAUGUAUUUCUAUAGAUCUUUUUAUAAAAAAAAUAAUACACAUGGUGUAUUGUACCAAGAGAAAAAUCACGAACAGACCUAAAUAAAAUAAAGCAAUUUCUAAGUAUCGGUGUCUAGAUGUAAGUUGAUUUAUUUUGUUAGAUUAGACCUAUGUUUUUUUUUU